AUAUGUUUAAAAUGGGGUAAAUAAACUUUAAUUUAGUGGUUAAAAAAGUUAAAGUUCGAUUAAUGAGCAGUGUAUAAUUAUAUGUUAGUUUUUGCAGCCCAGUGUAAAAGAGUAAUGAAAAUAAGUUGGCAGGUUCCGUAAAGCGCUUUUGCGUUUAAAAAUCAUUUAGCUUUAAAUUGCAGUUAUUACCGUUUUAAGUCACAGGCACGUGCUGCAAUGGACGCAAAACAACGCACACUGGUCCAUUGGUUUCGCAAAGGACUCCGGGUGCACGACAAUCCCGCCUUAUCGCAGAUUUUUACCGCCGCCAACGCUGCGCCAGGAAAAUAUUUCGUUCGCCCGAUUUUCAUUCUGGAUCCUGGAAUCCUCGAUUGGAUGCAAGUUGGGGCCAAUCGCUGGAGAUUUCUUCAGCAAACUCUCGAGGAUUUGGAUAAGCAGCUGCGUAAACUUGAUUCCCGCUUGUUUGUAGUGCGUGGAAAGCCUGCGGAGGUGUUUCCCAGGAUUUUUAAAAGCUGGCGCGUAGAACUCCUAACUUUUGAGACAGAUAUUGAACCAUAUUCCCUAUCUAGGGAUUCUGCAGUGCAGAAGUUGGCCAAAGUCGACGGUGUUAAGGUGGAAACCCAUUGUUCUCAUACAAUUUACAACCCGGACUUGGUCAUAGCCAAAAAUCUCGGCAAGGCUCCUAUAACCUAUCAAAAGUUUCUAGGCAUUGUGGACAAACUUAAAGUGCCCAAUGUCUUGGGGGUACCGGAGAAGCUUAAGACGAGGUUAGAUCCACCUAAAGAUGAAGUGGAGCAGGAUGACUCAACUGCUUAUGACGUUCCCACAUUGGAGCAACUGGUCAAGCGGCCUGAGGAGCUGGGUCCCAAUAAAUUUCCAGGAGGAGAAACAGAGGCGCUGCGCCGCAUGAAGGAUUCCUUGAGUGAUGAGCUCUGGGUGGCCCGCUUUGAGAAACCCAACACAGCACCCAAUUCCCUGGAGCCCAGCACUACUGUUCUGAGCCCUUACUUGAAAUUUGGAUGCCUUAGUGCCCGAUUGUUUAAUGAGAAACUCAAGGAGAUUCUCAAGCGUCAGCCGAAGCACUCCCAGCCUCCUGUUUCACUUAUUGGACAACUCAUGUGGAGGGAAUUCUACUAUACUGUGGCAGCUGCUGAGCCAAACUUCGAUAGGAUGUUGGGCAAUGUCUACUGCCUGCAGGUUCCGUGGCAGGAGCAGCCUGAACACCUGAAGGCCUGGACUUAUGGACGCACCGGUUAUCCUUUUAUUGAUGCCAUUAUGCGACAGUUGCGGCAGGAGGGCUGGGUUCAUCACUUGGCCCGACAUGCUGUGGCCUGUUUCCUCACGCGCGGAGAUCUCUGGAUCAGCUGGGAGGAGGGACAGCGGGUGUUCGAACAGCUGCUGCUUGAUCAGGAUUGGGCCUUAAAUGCGGGCAACUGGAUGUGGCUAUCGGCGUCAGCCUUUUUUCAUCAGUACUUUCGCGUCUACAGCCCUGUGGCGUUUGGCAAGAAAACGGAUCCCCAGGGGCACUACAUCCGGAAGUAUGUGCCGGAACUCGCAAAAUACCCAGCUGGCUGUAUUUACGAGCCGUGGAAGGCCUCGCUUGCCGAUCAGCGGGCAUACGGCUGCGUCCUGGGAACAGAUUACCCUCACCGGAUUGUUAAACACGAAAUAGUGCACAAGGAGAACAUCAAGCGAAUGGGCGCCGCCUACAAGGUGAAUCGGGAGGUGCGCACGGGUAAGGAGGAGGACUCCUUUGAGGAGCCUGAAACCUCCACUUCAGGCAAGCGAAAGGUGCGAAAGGCAACCGGAAAUGCCGCAAAACGAGGCAAGAGGUAGUCUCAUACUUUCUAGAAUAGUAUUUAUAAAACUCAAGCUACCUAAAAAAAGGUAGUAAUAUUAAAAUAAUUAUUUUGACUUGGAAUAUAAUGUAAAACUAGAUAUAUACUACACCGAUAUUAUAAGUUGAUUUCCAACACCA